CAUGUAUCUUUCUAUAGUUUCCUGGGGAAAAUGGAUCGUUAUGAGAUACUGAAAGAUAUUGGUUCAGGGAACUUUGGUGUUGCAACGCUGGUUAGGGAUAAAUGGAGUGGUGAGUUUUAUUCUGUCAAGUAUAUUGAAAGAGGACCCAAGAUCGAUGAACAUGUUCAAAGGGAAAUCAUGAACCAUAGGUCUUUGAAGCAUCCAAAUAUAAUCAGAUUCAAAGUGGUGUUAUUAACACCAACUCAUCUUGCCAUAGUCAUGGAAUAUGCUGCUGGUGGAGACCUUUUUGAAAGGAUAUGCAAUGCUGGUAGAUUUAGUGAGGAUGAGGCAAGGUUUUUCUUUCAACAACUGAUAUCGGGAGUGAGUUAUUGCCAUGCAGUGCAAAUUUGUCAUAGGGAUCUUAAGCUGGAAAACACGCUAUUAGAUGGGAGCACUGCACCGAGACUCAAAAUAUGCGACUUUGGCUACUCUAAGUCAAGUGUGUUGCAUUCCCAGCCCAAAUCAACAGUAGGAACCCCAACUUAUAUUGCACCAGAGGUCUUGUCUAAAAAAGAAUAUGAUGGGAAGGUAAAUUCUUUUUCUUAUCAAGCGUUAUAA